AUGAAACAAAACAAUGGCACUGAAGUGACUGAAUUCAUUCUCCUGGGAUUUGCUGAUCAACACAAGUCUUGGCAUAUCCUCUUUAUAUUAUUUCUAGUGAUCUAUGUGACUACCCUAGUGGGUAACAUUGGAAUGAUCCUACUCAUCAGGAUUGAUUCCUCCCUCCACACCCCCAUGUACUUUUUCCUCCAACACUUGGCAUUUGUUGAUCUCUGUUACACCUCUGCUAUCACUCCCAAGAUGCUGAAAAACUUCGUAGGGAAAGAACAAUCCAUCUCAUUCAUCGGCUGUAUGGUGCAAUUAUUAGUCUAUGGUACUUUUGCAACAGUUGACUGCUACAUCCUGGCUGCUAUGGCAGUAGACCGUUAUGUGGCCAUUUGCAACCCACUCCACUAUGCAGUUGUCAUGUCCCGGAGACUCUGUAUUCAGCUGUUAGUUGGUUCAUAUGUUAUGGGUUUCCUAAAUGCCUCUAUUAAUACAAGUUUUACUUUCUCUUUGAGCUUUUGCAAAUCCAAUACAAUUAAUCACUUUUUCUGUGAUGAACCUCCAAUUCUUGCCCUAUCGUGCUCCAAGAUUGACUUCAACGUUAUGCUACUAACAGUAUUUGUAGGAUUGAACCUGAUAUGCACUAUUAUGGUGGUCAUCUUCUCCUACAUGUAUAUCCUGGCUGCCAUCCUAAGGAUAUUGUCUGCUGCUGGGAAGAAGAAAGCCUUCUCCACAUGUGCCUCCCACCUGACAGCAGUCACCAUUUUCUAUGGGACUCUCUCUUACAUGUAUCUACACCAUCAUACUCCUGAGUCUCAAGAGCAAGAAAAAGUGGCUACUGUGUUUUAUGGCAUUAUUAUUCCCAUGCUGAACCCUUUGAUCUAUAGUCUGAGAAACCAAAAUGUUAUUGAAGCCCUAAAAAGGAUAGGAAAGAAGUGUUUCUAA